GAACGUUGAACAAUAAAGCUUCGUCGUUUUAUGUGACGUCACGACAGCUGAUGUACGGUCUGUUCUGUCGACGCGAUUUCCAUGUUGUCGCAACUCCAGUUUAAAGUGUCUUUUAUUUGAUAUCAACAAACAACAUGGAGAGAAUAGCGCUCUUAUGGCUUUUCGUGCAGGCAACGUUCGUCGUGGCUUCGUGUUUUACCGAUAUAGAAACAGGGCCUGGCGCAGGUGUAUCGACACAGACCACGGGAGAUCGGUUUAAAAUUGAGGGAAGGGCGAUCGUACCUGGGGUAAAAACACAAGACUGGGUCUCUACAGCAAGGGUUCUCGUAGACGGUGAAGACUACGUGGGCUUUUUGAGAACUGAUGGUAGUUUUGCUGUAAACGAUGUCCCGUCCGGGUCCUACGUUGUUGAAGUUGUCGCUCCAGCGUACCGAUUUGAGCCAAUCCGUGUUGAUAUUACAUCCAAGGGCAAAAUGAGGGCUCGUCUUGUGAACUACAUUAAGACUUCAGAAGUCAUCCGGCAGCCGUAUCCUCUCCAAAUUCGAGCCAGUGGUCUUCACAGCUACUUCAUGAAGAGGGAGACCUGGGGCUGGACCGACUUCCUCAUGAAUCCAAUGGUUAUGAUGAUGGUGCUCCCCCUGCUGAUCAUUGUUCUGCUGCCCAAAGUGGUCAACACCAAUGACCCAGAAAUGAGAAAGGAAAUGGAACAGUCCAUGAACAUGCUGAACCCCAACCCCGAGCUUCCGGAUGUGUCCGAGCUCAUGACCAAGCUUUUCUCCGGCUCCAAGGGCUCCAGCAAGGCAGGCGGCAGCAGCAAAGGAACCAGGCCGGCUGUCAAGAGGAGGUAGUACGCGUCCCUCUGAAGAAGCACGUCAAGUCACAGAAGCAGGAUUUUUAAGUGUCUUUUUCGCCCCCCUCCCUCACUCCGGGUCUAUUGUACAGUUCUCUUUAUGAACAGCUGUAAACUACUUCAAACUUAAAAAAUAUUACCUUUUUUUCCCCCACACUCCUCUGGAAGAAAUCCCUUCAUAAGCAGUUUUUUUUUUCUUUCAUUUGCUGUAGUGGUCUUAAUUCAUUGUCCUGUUCUAAUCGUGCUUUGCUGCUAAUUCCACUACCUGAAAGACAACAUCUAUACAUAGUCAGAGAUUUUUUUUUUUUGUAUUAUUAUUUCAUUAAUAUGACUGUGAAUGAAGAUUCAUUGAGUAAUUUUAAGACUAAUGAUAAGAUCUUAUUUAAAAAGCUUGAAUAAAUAAAUUGCAAUGGUAUGGAACAGCUA